AUGUCGACCUCCCGUGUGACCACGAACGCCUCAGACUUCGAAGCUCUUGACCCCAACUCGUACACUGCCCACCGCCUGAAACAUGCCCUUCCUGAGCACAUUUAUGUGACCUCCCACCGUUUCUUCAUCGGUCCUGUCCCGGAGGGCUGGCUCAACAGCCACCGAAAAGAGUGGUAUCGGCGAAGACUGCAGCUCAACACAUAUUCUUCUCGAAGGGCAAGCUUCCGCGCCGCCACCGAGCAAGACCGUCGACAUAGGACGUUGUCUGGUCUUGAAGGCCCUUCGACAGCCGCUCGGAUGACCUUUGGCUUCCCUCAGCCUGAAAAUGUAUUCGAACAAGAUUCAAGCGCAGGCUACGCGGACGACGUAGAACAAGAUGACUGGGAACCACCAGUCCAAACAAGAGAGCUCGCUCCAGUGGCUACAGUCGAUGUGUCAGGCAAUCUCAGCCGCACCCUCGGGACCCCCGUCGGUCGAGACCUAAGUCCGGACGACUCCAGCGACACCAUCAGACCGGGACCGAGCACAAUGCAAAUCGCCAAGUCGCCAAACCCCGAAUCUGACCAGGUUGCCGACGAAAAUCCUUUCGCAGACCCGACUGACCAGCAACCCUCAGAGCACAAUGACGAUCAUACCGGGCAAAAGUUUAGCAGAAAGUUCCUGCAGCCCUCGACUUCCACUGGCAACGAUCUGGAAACUGGCUCCAGUACUGCCCUCCUCUCCGCCGACCGUCGCAGUCCCGAAGCGUCCGCAAAGUCCCUGCAGCGCCAUGAACCUGCCCCUCUGUCUGAAGUCCAAGAUUAUCGCUUGGGCCGUGUGAGCACCGGUGUCAGAUUCAAGGUCUCGGAAGGAGUUCAACGCGGCCAGCAAAAGGUGGUCAACAAAGCAUUUCGGGUACAAGAGCAUGUCGCCAACCGGCGGUUGAGACGCAAUACUCUACAAGAAGGAACUGUGGUCAAAAUGGAACGCAUGCUGGUCCGAGUGGAGAUGACUCUCCAGCAAGUGCCGGAAGAGUUUGAUGAGAAUGAGAGCUUCAAGAUCGGGACCAGAUUGCUCGACAAGUGGCGGGAGUUCAUCGUCGUGGUGAGAAAGAGCAAAGCGCAGGAUGUCGAUGACUACAGGCUGCAAGUCUACAAAACCCGAGUCAUCCCAGAGAUUGACAAUGGCUCGACAAAAAAGAAGCCACGGCAUGAGAUCAGACUUGAUCCCAAGACGACGAAAGUCAAUCUGUACUCAUCCCUCGACAAGACCGUGGUCAUCUGGCAUCCGUACAAAAAAGGCACGAGAAUCAUGGUGGUGCGGCCACGUUCGCAGGGACACUCUGUAGAGUGGUACACCUUUCUCCGAGACAUCCUCGGCUGGGAACGGCCGUUCUCCCUCGAAGUCAUUGUCCCGGAUCUUGAUGUUACCGUGCGGCUGGAGAGGCCGUUUGAAGAACUGGAGAUCGCUGCCACCGAUGCCGCAGACGAGGAGACCGCCCUGGUGCGAACCGUCGCGGCGGAGAAAGCCGUUGCCGGGAGGAUCAUUUCCGAGAGCAUCUCCAUGUUGGAACUAGAUGGCGAGUGGUCGCAGGUCUUGAAAGAAUGGAGCGAGACGGUUCAAAUGGGUCUGGCGUGGAAGAGAUACGACCGGCUUGAAUGGGUGCACGGCAUCAACGAGCAACACAUGUAUGGGUCGAUGGCCAUGGCCCGGUCACACGAUCUGGAACUGCGCCCGAAAUUGCACUACGCCACAUCUACGUAUGACCGACGCGACAAGGUCUACGACGAGCCGCCCCCCGUUGAAGGGUUCUUGAUUCGAUUGACGUCUCAGAAAGGAGUACACACCAAGUUGGGGAAAGCAUUCUUCAAGCGUCUGUUUUUCUCGUCGCAGAACCAGUUUUUGAUGUUCAAUCGUCCGGCGAAAGCGACACCGCCACAUCCGCCGCAACUCGCAACCACUAGCGGAGGGGGUGUUCCUUCCUCCCACGAGAUCGUGGAGCAUUCCCCGUUGAUGUACGACAUCGAACCAUACAAAUUGGAUAAUGGCAAGAUUUCGUGGCUGUCCUCCGGCAACCCGGCGACUUUGCAGAGUCACGACCGGGCCGCCAUCGAAGAGGCUCGCCGGAAUGUGACCAACAUCCUGGAGGCGGACGGAUACAUCCACAUGUGCAACAUCCAGCACGUGCGCACCAUGAAACGGGGCGCUACUCUCGCCGACGAAGUCCUGGGCUCCGGGUCGAGCUCGGACGUGGAUUUUCACCAGGAGGUUGCCGACAGUCGGCGAGAGGACGGGUCCACGCAAGAGAUCGACGACGAUCGCAUCUUUGAACUCGUGCUCCAGAACGGGCUGGUGGUUCGCCUACAAGCCUACUCGAAGGACACGCGCGACGAAUGGAUCCGCCGGCUGAGAGAAUUGGUCAGAUACUGGAAGCUGCGCACAGCGGCGGAAAUGAGAACGUUCAAGGCGGUGCGACAAGCCAAUCUCGAGCAGCUUUCUGUGGACGAAGAAAUGGAAGCCAUCAUCGGCCAGUUUGCGAAGAAAUGGGAAGUGAGCCGCAGCCAGGCGAGUCCGGAGUUGUACAACAUGUGCGCCAUCAGCAGCUGCCGCAGCAUCACCAUGUCCGGAUCGGUGUUUCUCAAAACACGCCGACGGGCAACUUUUCACCGGUGCCAGGUCAUCCUUACUGGGGGCCAGAUGCUCAUUUUCCAGUCGGCGGUGAGAAAAAGGACUGGGCAGCCCAUCAAAUUCGUCCACCAAGAGAAACAGCAGGCCGUGGACCUGAAAGAUUGCUACGUCUACAGUGGUCUAAUUGUUGGGGAAGAGCUGCUGUACGAGAACCGGACUUUCGACGCCAACCACCCGGGGCUGGCGAGUCUCCCGCGCGUGUACCUGGAGGAUGGCUGGACCAGCGCGGACGUUGACAUCAUGACGUGUUUUGUGGUGUGGCAGAACAGGAAGAAGAGCUGGUUCCGAACAGCCACGGCGGCAGAGAAUGCAGCUCCGGGCCCUAGUCGCAGCGGUGGCGGGCGUACCAGGGCGACGCUUCGUCGAGUCGGGCAGCUGGGGGUGUUGGGACGACCGAUGGUGUUCAAAUGCCGCAGUCGGGCAGAGAGGGACCAUUGGGUGCUCAACAUUGCCAGCGAGAUUGAGAGGGUGAUCGAGCACGAAGUCGAGGAGCACGGUGAAGAGGGGGAGUUCAGGUUCGAAAACGAGUGA